ACACCGGGGGGGCAUCGGGGGUGCAGAGUGCGCGGAGGCGCCCAUUUAGUCCGGUACGCCGCAGCUUUAAGUAGGUGGGGUCCUGGAGCCCGGCGCCCUCUUCCAUCCUGCGAUGGGAUUUCUCUCCGCUUCCGGCAUCUUCAUGCCUGAGAGCUAAAGUCCUUUCAGAAAAACAACAGGUGACCAUGCAACCGCAGGAGAGGGAAGUUUGGGGACGAGCCCGAGGCUGAGCGAGUCACGCCCGCGGAGACCGGAAAGCCCAAGGGUGCUGCAGAAGCGCCCGGGAGUGGCCCGGGGAUUUUCCGGGGCCGGAAGUGCCCCGCGUCGCCAUGGCUACAGGCGCCGACGCUCCCGGCUCCGUCCGCGGCGUUCCGUUCCCAUGGCAACCCCAUUGUCUCUCGAGCCGGAACCCGGGCUGCCCGCGCGCCAGGCCGACCGCGCAGAGAGCCUCGCUUCCGCCAGGCGCCUGUGCGGCGUCCUGAACGAAGUCCGCCGAGGCCAGGACGCUGACGCCGCCCGAGGAAGCCGAGCGCUCCUGCUGAGGGAGCCAGGAAGGCUAGUUCCGGGGCGUGGCUUCUCUGCCCUCGGCCAGCCAACCUGACUUGUGAUUCUUGGUGGGACGAAGAUGCAAGCCAGCCCCAUCCGCAUUCCAACUGUCAGCAGUGACAUCGACUGGGAUUUCUGCUUCCACCUGUCUCAGCAAGCCAAGAUCCCAGCAUACCAGCGAAGAGAAGAAUUGUGUUCCUCUAGUGGGUCUGGAGAGAGUGAAGAAGACACUACAGCCAAGGAGGAGAAGAACACAGUCUGCAUGUCUCUUCCUAAAGAGAAAUUGGCCCAAUCCCAGAAGAAAAUAGCUCAGCUGAUUAAGAAAAAAAUGAAUACCCAAGCAAACAAGGAGCUGAUUCGCUGUGUCAUCCUUUCUCGGAUUAUUUUUGGGGAAGAACACUGGAAAUGUGCACAGGCUGUGGCCAGCCUGGCUUACGGCUACCUGACACUGAGAGGCCUCCCGGCUCAGGCCAAGAAACAUGCUGAGUCUGCCAAGAACACGCUGCUGACCUGGAAGGGAAGCAGGACCUCAAACAAAGAGAAGAAGGAAAUCCUGGAAGCCCUGAUCAUGCUAUACUACACCCUGGGGGUGGCCUGGCUCCUACAGAACCGUGGCAGAGAGGCUUAUUUCAACCUGCAGAAGGCAGAGAGAAACAUGAAGGAGCUGAAAGAAUUAUUUAAGGGAAGUGUUCGCAAAUCCCAAGUCUCGGAGAAAGACCUGACCAUUGCUUUAGGCAGGGCCUCCUUGGCUAUCCACAGAUUGAACCUCGCUCUGGCAUACUUUGAAAAGGCAAUUGGCGAUGUUAUUGCUGCUAAGGGUGAUAAGACUUUGGAUCUGGUCAGUCUAUAUGAGGAAAUUGCUCAGAUUGAGCAGCUGAGAAGGAACCAUGAUCGGGCCAUCCAGUACUUGCAGCAGGCCUAUUCUAUCUGUGUUUCUUUGUUCACCGAAGUCAGCCCCCAAACUGCAGAGGCAAGCGCAUUACUAGCCAAGGCUCAUGCCAUGUCUGGAGAGGCCCAACACAGGGAUGCUGUUGAGAUAUAUUUUAUAAAAAGUAUCAAUGCGUAUCAAGCAACAUUGGGCCCAACAGAUUAUGAAACACUGACGACCAUUGAAGAAUUCUGCAAAUGGCUUGUCCAAAAUGGGGAAAAACAGGAGGCUUACAGACUGCUAAAGGCCGCCCUGAGGUCUCAGGUCAUCAGCUAUGGUGACUGUAGUGAAAAGGUGGCCGAAACUUUUUACAACAUGGGCAGGAUCUGCUUUGCCAAAGGAGAGUUCAGGAAGGCAAUUCAGCUGUUAAGGAAGUGUCUGAUGAUUCAAAUCCUUUUAUAUGGAAGCGAGCACAGUAAAAGCAGAGACACAAGAGACCUCCUUAACCUAUUGCAGAGGGCGAGUAACAGUUCAUCCAGGUGGAGAAGAGAAACCAUUCCGGGAAGAAGGAACUGUAUAUGCAAAGGCCCUGAGGCAUGACAGAGGACAGUGUAUUGAAGCAAUGGUCUUCUGUUAUCAGUAAAGAGAAAACCUCCAUACAAGAUAGCCAACAAUAAAGCCAACCUGUUGAUAACAAAAAUUCUGGAUCACAAGAUAGAUUUAUCAACGCUGAUAGCAAUGGCAGAUCAAAGGCAGAAUUAAGGACUGUAAAGAAAAAAAAAAAAAGGUCUACUGAGCAGCACCAUCACAGGUAAAAUACCCAGGGGCCAUUAGAAAGCAGGAUCCUGAUUGGGUAACUUGGGGUGGAGGGGGGGGUCAGAAAUCUUUUUUAGACCGACGCUUUUAGUUUUUUAGUGACUGGGACUCCAAUACCUUUCUUAUUUCCCUUUUAUAACUAAUUUUUUUCAGUUCUGGUUUUUAAAGAAGAUUCUGCAAUAUCUAAGUAGUUUAUUGGUGACUUUUAAUAUACUAUUUGCAAGUACUUUUAGUCAUAUCCUGUUUCAGGUCACUAAAACUGCCUUGUGAAGAAACAUUUGAUCUUCCGAAAACAUUUGCCCUGGUCUCAUGCCAUGUUAAGAGUCAGAGAGGGCUUUUUGAUUCUUAUUAUAAAUGAAGAAACAAGGGACAAGAGAGGUUGAUUUGUUCAAGGUCAGCCUGGCGAUUAUAAAGCUGACUUCCUGAAUCAUAGAUGAUUAUACCUUCUAUCCCACUAGGCUGCCCUCAACCCAAAUUGGAUUAAGGAGGCUUGUUUUAUGGAAGGAAUGUUCACCAAGGUUUAAAAAAAAAAAAAAAAAAAAUCCUUACCCCCUGAACAAAUGUGUAUCUAGGAAAAGAAAUUGGCAAUCUCAAAUUAAAUUCCUUACUGCCUUCUUCAAGUUACUCAGGGAGAACAAUCAGAUCCCUGUGAGUUUAUGAUAUAAGAAACUUUUAUUUUCCCUUUUCAUUGGUUCUCAGUUGGGUUAGCAGAUUUAAUGGAGCUCAAAGACUGUCUUUGGGAUCCAAGUGUCUUCUAACAACAUCUCUACUUCACUCAGUGCUUAUAAGAAUUGGUUCUUCAUUCAAAAAAUUAUUUUUUACCUGUCCUUUGUUCAGUCUGUAAAACCUAAUGAUGAACCAAUACCCAAGCAAUGUAUAGUGGUGAGUAGUGUGCGGCUUUGGCUUAAGCACAUAAUACCAGUUAAUCCAAUGGCUUGUCUACAGACUGGUAGUCUCCGUCCUGCAGCUAUGUUCUCCCCUCGCUAAUUCCCAGAGAGCUUUCAGUUUGGCACUCAGGGCUAAAGUCUCAGAUUGCAGCCCUGCUUGAAGGCAGCUGUAUCCCACUGACCUUUACUGCAGUGCUUGUGAACUGGUCGCCCAGUCUGUCCUUGCUAAUUUUAGCCCUGUCUGGAGAUAGGCCUGCUGUUCUUACGCAGAAUAUUCUGAAUUGACUAAAGUAGCCUCAGAAGAGUUGCUUCCAUUUUCACAUAUCCAGAUGAAAAUGGGUUUUCAACAAUGACUGUGAUAAAAAACAAAAGUACUAGACAGAAGUGGCCAUUUGGACUCCAUUUUGCAUAACACUAAAAUUAUUUUGGGGGACCCCAAACGUCUUAAGAUCUCCAGACUGACAAACCUGUAUCAAUAAAAUAGCAUAAAGUGUAACAUUGCAAAACGUUAUUGGUGUGAUCCUUUUAUUGCAUUUGAAAUUAGUUUUAAACACUUAAAUAUUCCCAGUGUUUAUUGUCAGUGUAAAGUUGCUAGUAGUCCAUUUUGUGAAAUUUUGAUGUUAAAUUGUUUAAUGAAACGGUGGUGAUAAUGAAUGGUGGCUAUGGUUUAAAUAUCCUCAUACCUGAGAAAAUAUUGUUACUUAUGUCGGUUCUAAAAGUUUUCAAAUUUUAGUAUUUUGUGAAAUCCCCAAGUUUUAAGAAACCACCUUGGAAAUAGUCAACUCAG